CACCUCCACAACUACCAACCAACCAACGAAAAACUAUUCCAUUUCUGUUAACAGAUCAUAGUUUCAUACCAGGGUGCAAUGGGUGGCCUGAAAGUUGAGUUUACAAUUAUCUUCAUAUUGGGGUUCUUCUCCAUGAUCAGCCUUAAUUUAGGCCAACCUAAUGAAUACCCCAUCGUGGAUUAUGAUCCUGAUAAAAUUGUCUCCCAAGAGGGGCUUGCAUUGCUCUUUGAGAGAUGGAUAGAGAAGCAUGAGAAGGUCUACACAAGCUCAGAAGAGAAAGAGAAAAGAUUCAAAAUAUUUCAAAGCAACUUAGCCUAUGUAAUCGAUUGGAACUCCAAAAGAAAGCCAUCCGAUCACAGAGUUGGACUGAACCAAUUUUCAGACAUGAGUUUCGAUGAGUUUAGUGAGAUUUAUCUUUCUAAACUCAACCUUGAGGAGGACAUAUUAGAAGCAAGAGCGGAGACAGUAAAUCUGACAUGUUCAUAUCCUUCAUCAGUUGAUUGGAGGAAUAAGGGUGUUGUAACCCCAAUUAAGAAUCAAGGAUCAUGUGGGAGCUGUUGGGCAUUCUCUGCAACAGGAGCCAUGGAAGGAAUAAACGCCAAAGUCACUAAAAAACUUGUAAGCCUCUCGGAACAACAACUUGUGGAUUGUGAUAAGAAAAACAAUGGCUGUGCUUCAGGUUCCUAUGAUAGAGCAUUUCAAUGGGUCAUAAAGAACAAGGGUAUAGCCACCGAAGCUCAAUAUCCUUACCUUGGCAGGAAAGCAACUUGCAGAACCAAAGUUAAUAAAGCGGUAACAAUUGACGGCUACAAACGAGUGGCUAGAAAUGAGAAAUCUCUCCUUGGUGCAGUCGCUCAGCAACCAGUCAGUGCAGGCAUCUUGGUUUUAAAGGAUUUUGCAAUGUUCAGGGGUAGUGGUAUCUACAAAGGACGAAAUUGCCCAACAAACUCGUAUAACACAACAGCGAAUCAUGCAGUUCUAAUAGUUGGUUAUGGAACUUCCAAAGAUGGCACAGAUUACUGGAUAGUGAAGAAUUCAUGGGGAACUAAAUGGGGGAAUUCAGGAUAUGUGAAGAUAGCGAGAAACCACAAGUUAAGGAAUGGUGUAUGUAACAUCAAUGUUUGGGCUUCCUUUCCCACCAAAAGAACCCACAUCCAACGAAAAGGCCUUACCGAGGGCUCUGUGGCUUCUCUUUAAAGAAACAUGGGAGACUCCUUGCUACUACCUAGCUGAAGGAGGAGAUCUAGACAUGCAAUAACAGUUCGAGAGAAUAAAAAGAAGAGGCACUUGUGAAAUUAGAUGUUUGGUCCUCUUAUGUAUGUCUGUACGAAAUAAAUAUUAAAUAGGUGGCAGUAUUUUUGCUACUACCUAGCUGCUAAUUGUGUUUUUAAUAAAAUUCAAUCUUCUUGAAAUUGACUAA